GACGGACCAAGUUCUGCACUGUAUGACUGCAUCGAUGCAGUUCUGGCGGACUUGGUUACAAGCACGGAGGACCUUGUUUUCUUUGAUGAUCCCAACCACGAGACGUUCCCCGAAGUGAGCCUCGCACUGCAGACGCAUGCCUCCCUGGAGGAACCUCUGCAGCUGGCUAUCUGCAGCACAUUAGGUGUUUGGGGCAUUGGCGUUGGCCCAACGCCGGAUGCGCGGACAGCGACCUCGAAAUUGGCGGUUGCGGCGAUGAUCGCUCUGAAGGCUGCGGAAACGGGCGACGUUCCGGACCUUUCAGCUUACCCAGAUUUUUCAGACUUUGUCGGCGGUGUCCAACCCCCCAUAUGA